AGAGAAUAAUUUCACCUUCGAUGGGGAAACGAUUACUCGACUUAAUCUGAAAAAUAUGACGCGGAUAUUGGAUUUUCAUUCCCUUGAAUUAACAUUUGACGAGACUAGCGUUUAUUUGGAAAGCGAAGAUGGUCAAAAAUACAAUGCAAUUGAUUUCGUUUAUGUCAAUGUAACGGAAAUCAUGACGAUAAGUUUCGAGAAAGUUAUACCAGCAGGUAUUUAUUAUUUAUACGCCAAAUUCACGGGUAUUAUCAAUGACCAAUUGACGGGAUUUUACAGGAGUUCUUAUACGAACGAUUACGGCGAAAAAGUAUGGUUAGCAACAACGCAAUUUCAAGCUACGUACGCUAGACAAGCUUUUCCGUGUUGGGAUGAACCUUCCUUUAAAGCAACCUUCAACGUAUCCAUAAAACAUCGAACGAAUUACACAGCCCUUUCGAAUAUGCCGGUUUACGAGAGAUCGACAAUCGACGAGAGUGAUGAAAAAAUGUGGACUCACUUUCAAAAGACUCCCAUAAUGUCCACGUACACCUUGGCUUUCGUUGUGUCAGAUUUUGUUAAUAUUUCUAACACCGACGAUACGAUUAGAAUUUGGGCGAGAAGUAACAUUCUUCCAUCGAUCAUUUUUGGUUACAAGGUGGCUCUUAAGGCUUCUAUUCUUCUCGAAGAAUAUACGAACAGUUCGAUGCUGAUACCAAAAAUGGAUCACGUUGUUAUUCCAGAUUAUCGUCAUGGUGCUAUGGAGAACUGGGGCCUCAUAACAUACGACGAGAAACUUUUUCUCUACAAUCCAAAUACAUCCACUGUUAGCGAUAAAACUAUGACUGCGAUGAUCGUUGUUCACGAAUUGACGCAUCAAUGGUUUGGAAACGUAGUCAGUCCUAUUUGGUGGAAUCACAUUUGGUUGAACGAAGGCUUCGCUUCGUUUUUUCAAUAUUAUAUAACUGACAAGGUCUUUCCAAGUUGGAGAUUCAUGGAAAUGUUACCAUUUCAUUUACAAUUAAUUAUUCAUCCAUAUAACAUUAAUUCUUGCGACAAGCCAAUCAGUUAUAACGUAUGCAGUCCUACGGAUAUCGAGGACAUUUUCGAUGUCAUACUAUACACAAAAACACAAUCUUUAUUAAAUAUGUUGCGUCACAUCGUCUCCGAAGAUGUUUUUCAUAGGAGUCUUAUUAAUUACUUGCAAAAAAAUCAAUAUAGCAACGCUUUACCCGACGAUUUAUUUCAUGAAAUUCAAAUUGGCGUAGACAAUACUCCAGAAAUAUCACGAGGUGAAUUUAAUGUUAAAGAAGUAAUGGAAACUUGGAUAUAUCAAGGAGAUUAUCCUCUUGUAACAGUAAAGAGGAAUUACGUUACUGGCGAGGCAAUGAUUACUCAAGAAAUUGUCAAACAAUGCAUCGAUAACAACAAUACGGUUUCGAUUAUUAAAUGUGAUUUAAAUGAGUGCAACGACAAAUGGUGGAUACCAAUAAAUUAUGCAACAGAAACAGACACAAAUUUUUUGUCCACGCUACCCGUUCAUUGGUUGAGUCCGAAGAACGAUAGUAUUAUUAUUAAUGGCAUUAACGCCGAUGAUUGGAUAAUAAUUAAUGUGCAACAAACUGGACAUUAUCAAGUUAAUUACGACGAGACUAAUUGGAUAAAAUUGGCAAAGUAUUUAAAUUCACCUAACUACGAAAAGAUACACGUUCUUAAUCGAGCACAGAUCAUUCAAGACUCUUACAGCAUGAUAGUUACAAACAGAAUGAAUUUGACAAUAUUUUUAGACUUGUAUAAUUAUUUAUCACGUGAAAUUGAUUAUAUCGUAUGGCGUCCAAUAUUCGAAAUAUUUGAUAUCUAUUUACAUCAGUUUUUAGGAACCACAGAAGGUGAAAAGCUUUUUAAGCCACAUGUUCUCAAUUGGAUGAAUAAUCUUUUCGAGAGCGUGGGUUUUGAUUUUGAUCCUGAUGAUGACUACAGAACUCAAUUGACAAAGUCGAAAAUUAGAAAAUUCGCUUGUUCUCUUGGUCAUCUCAAAUGCAUAAUGACGGCCAAUACUCAACUGAUAGAAUUUUUGGAGUUUUCUAAUAAAGAUCAGUUAUUGGAUAUUGAAAGUAAAAAUAUAUCAGAGAUCUAUGAUUUUUUGAAUUUCAUCGAAGAUAAAAAUGUCAUUGAAAAAUAUUUAAAUAUGACUAUAGCUGAAAAUUCACCUUUUACCACAGAAAACAGCAUUGACAUUUAUGAAGCUUUAUUUUAUACCCGAUAUGAAACGAUCAAUUUCGUUACUGAUUUUAUUUUAAGAAAUUGGGACACAAUUAAUUCUCGUAAAAGUUUCGGAUUUAAAUUGGCUAGGUUUAUGAUAUUCUCAGCUACGGAUAAGAAUAAGUUACAAGAGAAACGAUCGAAUAGCAUGUUAAGAAAAUUAAUAAAGUUAUUUUUCGUACUUGUUACCAUCGAAGCGUUUUCUCUUCAAUCGGCAAACGACAAAAAUGUUGGGAACGAAAGCGAUACGACUGUUUAUCGAUUAUCGACAAACAUUAUACCGAUGCAUUACGAUUUGAAAUUGGAAUCUGAUAUAGUGAUGCCUGAUUCUAAUUGUACCGGUGUGGUAGACAUUAAAAUCGACGUUCGAAAACCAACGAAAUUAAUAGAAUUAAAUUGGAAGAAUGUUGAUAUAAACGAAACGCAAAGUUAUUUGAAAAAUGACAACAACGGUGAAUCGUAUUCACCUAAGGAACAUCGUUACGAUUUGCAUAGGGAAAUGUUAAUACUCGUUUUUGACAAUAUCAUCAAAUUAACAAGUUACAAUUUACAUUUGGAAUUUUCAAGUGUAUUUUCGUUAGAUUUACGUGGCUUUUAUCGACAUUCUUAUCCCAACGAGAACGGUGAUAGAACGUGGCUUGCGGUAACUCACUUUCAACCAAUCAGCGCGCGUCGUACUUUUCCCUGUUGGGACGAGCCAUCGUUUAAAGCAACAUUCAACAUUUCUUUAAAACAUUAUGCCAAUUUUACAGCUUUAUCAAAUAUGCCAGCUUACGAACGAUCGUUCACUGACGAAAACGAGGAUAAAGUAUGGACUCGUUUCGAACGAACUCCGAUCAUGGCAACGAAUAUCUUGGCCUUUGUGAUCACCGACUUCGAACAUAUUUCUUUACCCGAGAGGAAUGUUACGAUCUGGGCUAGGAAAUCUGUCAUUCCGUUAGUACGAUUCUCGCUCGAGGUCAUUCCAAAGAUAGAAGACGAAUUGAAGCAAUACAUGGGAAACGAUAUAAUUGUACCCAAAAUUGAUCACAUUGCUGUCCCUGAUUAUUCUAGCGGUGCUACGGAAAAUUGGGGCCUUAUCACGUAUAAAGAAAGUUUAUUGGUAUACAAAGAAAAUGAGACUAAAGUGGAUGAAAUGGAUAGAAUCGUGAUGUUAAUUGCACACGAAUUGACACACCAAUGGUUUGGUAAUCUGGUUGGUCCACGCUGGUGGAAAUACAUGUGGAUGAGCGAGGGUUUUGCUGCGUACUUUCAAUAUUACAUAACGGAUAAGGUAUUCAAUGAAAAACGAAUGAUGGAUAAAUUCGUCUUGGAAACAAUGCAAAUUGCUUUCAGCAGGGAUGAGUGUCAGUAUCAAUAUCCGAUGAAUAUAAUUGUUAAUAGUCCUUCAGAUAUUCCUAGCAUUUAUUCAUUUAUUACUUAUCGUAAAGCGGCAAUCGUUUUACGAAUGUUGUCGCAUUCUAUCACCGAUGAAAUCUUUCGUGCCGGUCUUAUCAAAUAUAUUAAUGAAAAUAAAUAUAAGACCGUAACACCAGACGAUUUGUGGCGAUCAUUGCAAAUUGUUUUGGACCAGUCAAAUGUGAAACACAAAAAUCUCGAUAUAAAAUCAAUGAUGGAUACUUGGACGGAACAAGCAGGAUAUCCCAGGAUUGUCGUGGAUCGAAAUUACGAUACUGGAACUAUACAAGUGCGACAAUUUAGUAGUACAUUAAAAGAACAACUUAAUCAAACGUGUAAUAACAAAUGGUGGAUACCUUUGAACUUUAUGACUCAAGCUAAUCCUGAUUUUUCAUCGACAUUACCCACACAUUGGUUGAGUCCAUCGGAAAAUACAAAAACGAUUGAAGGUUUUCCUAAAGAUGGUUGGAUCAUCGUUAAUAUUCAACAAACUGGAUAUUAUCGCGUGCAUUACGAUGAAGAGAAUUGGAAGAGAAUAGCACGUUAUUUAAAUUCCGACGAAUACAAUAAUAUACAUGUAUUAAAUCGUGUUCAAAUAAUCGACGACGCCAAGAAUAGUUUAAUGGAAAAAGAUAUAUCCGCUUCUACAUUUGGAAUGAUAAUAAAUUAUAUAUCACGAGAAACCGAUCCCUUAGUAUGGAAACUUAUAUAUCGAAUAUUUUCAGAGUUUAAUCAUUUGAAGGAUGAUCCCAAAAUUGCCGUUAUUCUCAAGCCUUAUAUACGGCGACUUCUUAAUAACAAAUUAGAAGAUAUGGAUUAUAAAGAUAAUCCGGAAGAUGAUUCUUGGACGAUUAAAAUGAAACAGAUCUUCAAACAAAUUGCUUGUAGUGUUGAUGUUCCUGAAUGUUUAGAAAAUGCAACAGCUCAAUUAGUCGAGUAUCUUGAAAAUUCGGAAUCGAUGAUGAUACUACCAGAUUCGCGAGAUUGGAUAUUUUGUUACGGAUUACAAAAUGCGAACGAGUCUGUAUGGAAUAAUGUUCUAAAUAUUUACGUGAAAAAUCAGGAGAAAAUGUUUUUAACGUAUCUCUCAUGUUCGUACAAUCGGACAAUUUUAGAAAACUACUUGGCUAUAACCUUUUCCGAAGAUUCUCCGAUUUCUAAAGAUGACAUUGAUACCGUAUUAGAACAAAUGGUGGUUAGAUCCAAAAUUAGCAUCGAUACACUUAUUGAUUUUAUUAAUCAAAAUUUGAAUGAACCAUUUUCGAAAACUAAUACAAUGGACCACAUUUUUUAUUUCAUUUCAUAUCGAAUAACUACGAGAGAACAACUUAAAAAGAUGAUAGCUAUAUUCUCAUCUAAAGGAAAACCAUUGAACGGAAUGAUACGUCAUUUUGAGAUGUUUCAAGCCGAAAUCGAGAAAAAUAUACCGCUAGCUUUAGGUCUCGUCAAUGCUACUAUAAUCAAUUAAUGCAAAAAUGAUAUAGUGCAAAUUUAAUUAAUAAAUUUAUCGAAAUAUACGUAUCUAAUACGUAUUUAAU